UCAACUAUGCAGAAAACAAGUAUUAAACAAACUCCUGAUAUAAUUCGUUUAUAACUUUAAUGAAAAUGUAGUAAACACUGUUGAUGAUUUUUAAAUUGAUAAAAAAUAAUUUAUUUGUCAUUAUUAUAAGCAUUAAUUUUCACUGUUUAUCAUUAUUUUAUUUUAUUAAAUUUACUUGCAAGUUUUGAGAUCAUUUCAAAUACUUAAAAUGAAUAAAUCAUCUGCAAAGGUAAUAGAUGAAGUAGAUAUUUCAAUACCAGAAAGAAAAAGAGAGUAUACAAAACGUUGGAUUGAAGAAAAUCCACUUCUAGAUGUAUGUUCAAGAGUUGAUUACAAUGAACCAAUGCCUGAUGUAUUGUGUGGCUCAUCCAAUCAAGUUGAAAAACAAUUGUUUACACCUCCUCAAUCACCAGUCUUGGGUGAAAAGCGUACUGCUUCAUCACCAGUCUUUGGAGGGCUUAGAAAAAAUUUUAAACGAUUGAAAAUUUUGUCGAAGAUAACUGAAUUCGCUGAAGAGAAUCCUAGUUGUUCUAAAUCAAUAUUAAAAGAAAAUUAUACUAAAAAUAAACUUGGUUCAGAGAUGAAUAAUGAUCCAUACUUCUUAGAAAAAACAAAGAUCUCAGAGCUUCAAGAUACAUUCAAUAUUUCAUUAAUUUCAGAUAAAUCUUAUAAUGAUAAAUCUCAUAAUGUACAAAAAAAUGCUAUAAAAAUUGAACCACAUACAACUCAAUUUAUUGAAUCAGUAUCCAGUGAUAAUUAUAGUGAAAUAACUGAAUUUAAAGUACAGGAAGCUGCCAGCGAUACAGAUAAAACUGCUAGUGAUCUUAUAGAAGAUAUAAAUAGUCAAUUAAUUUAUGAGUCGUCUCAAAAAUUAAAACAAGCUAUUCACUCUCAAAAGAUUUCAACUCCAUCAUCUACAUCAUCAGAGCAAACAACUGAUGAACACAUUAUAGAAUCAAAUACCAGAGACCAAACUGAUCCUCAAUGUACAGAAAUAUUUAAUUCUGCAGAUCAAAUAGAUAGCAUUAGUACUUUUGAAUCAAAGGAAGAAUCAAGUAAAAUUUCAUAUAUUUUACAAUAUACAUUUGAAAAGCCACUGAAGAAAAGAAAUCCUAAAAAAGGCAGCUUAUCAGAGUUACUACAAUCAACAAUGGCAAAAGAAAGAUCAAGUGUAAAUUUAUUAAGACACCAAUUAUAUAGAAAUCCUCUCAAUGUGGUAGACAUGCCAUUUGUUUUAUUACAAACUUUACAUUACUUGCCUAAUUUCAAUGGCAAUCAAUUUGUGCAAUGUAGUUUAAUAGAAGACAGUGCGGAUCUCUUAAAAAAUGUAGUAAAGAAAAAAGCAAAUAUAACCGUAAUGAAUGUACCUGAACUUUCUAGUUUACUAAACGUUAAUCAAAAGCCAGUAUUAAAGGUUUAUGAACCUUGGACUGUUGUAGAUCCAAAGCAAUUACUGAUUCAUGUUACCAGAUUUAUUGCAAUUCCAAGCAGCAAACAAAUUCUUGAUUUUAAUAAUAUAGAUAAAAGAGCUUUAGAAUUGACUAAAGAAUUUCAUUGUCCUUGUAUUGAUAAGAAUAUUUUGUCAAAUGAAUGUAACUCUAAAUUUAGUGGUGAUUGUGCCAAGAAUUCCGUGAAAAUGAUUUUUAAUUAUAAAGAGAAAAUGUCAGCCAUUCAAGAUCGUCCAGAACUUUACGAAGAAGUAAAAUUAUACAAGAAUGCUAGAGAACGAGAGAAGUAUGAGAAUCAAGCUGAUUUGUAUGCCGUUGUGAACACUUUACAACACUUAGAAAAAGCUUACAUCAGAGAUUGUGUGACACCUAAAGAGUACACAGCAGCAUGCAGCAAAUUGUUAGUUCAAUACAGAGCAGCUUUCAAGCAGGUUCAAAGUGAUCAGUAUCCAACAAUUGAUGCAUUUGCCAGAGCUUUCAAGCUUGAUUGUCCAGCAGCUCUUGAGAGAAUUAAAGAGGACAGGCCAAUCACAAUCAAAGAUGAUAAGGGCAAUACAUCAAAAUGCAUUGCCGACAUAGUUUCACUGUUUAUUACGAUCAUGGAUAAGUUACGCUUGGAAAUCAAAGCUAUGGAUCAACUUCAUCCAGAUCUCAGAGAUCUAAUGGAUACCAUGAACAGACUUAGUAUACUUCCAAGUGACUUUGAUGGAAAACAGAAAGUUGCGGAGUGGCUCCAAACUUUGAAUAAUAUGUCUGCUUCAGAUGAACUAUCAGAUACGCAAGUUAGACAAUUAAUUUUUGAUUUGGAAACUUCUUACAAUGCAUUCAACAAGGUUCUUCAUAAUUCUUAAAUUUCAAUACUAAAUUACUUGUGAUUUUAUGAUUCCAGAACAAAUUCUCAUUAUACUUCUUUUUUUUUAUGAUUACCAUCAAUAGUAUUUAUAAAAAAAUAUUCUUUUUUUAGUCCAUUAUCUAUUUAUUUGAAAAAAUUUAUUAGUUAUUUUGUCCAAAAGAAUGUGCAAGUGAAAUUUACAUUUCCAGUUAACAUCAUAGUACUUGUUAAGAGAUUGUUAUCACUUACACUGCAGCAUUACAUGUUUUUUAAUGUAAAACUAUGUUUUAAAUCAAAUUAGAAUCAACAUAUUUUUAAAUGUUACUCUCGCUAUAUAAAUACAAUGUAUAUAUUUAUUUGAUAAGUACUGAAAUAUAGUUUUAGAAAAAGGAAAUCCAUAUUGUAUUUUUAGUACAU